AUGGAAAGUGACCCUUCAACCAAAGAGCAGUCGCAAGACACGACAAUUUCCAAAACUGUUUGGAAACUGCGACGUUACGGUCGGUUUCUGCCCAAAGAAAAGGGAAAAUCCAGGUCCUCAGGAAGCAACUGCGCGUGGAAGAUUUUCGAGUCCAGUGAAAGCGCCGGUCAGCUGGAGCUGAAUAUUCUGGGCUCUGGUCAUCUGCUAGUAUCUCAAGGCCAGGAACUCUUGGAGGGUUUUUCUUUGCUCAAUGCACAGAGCUUCCUGAAGAUCCAGCAUAAAUCAGACAGUCUGCUGUUCAACAUUACAUUAAAGGGAGAGAGCCGGUUGCUUAGGCUGCAGUUUGAGGGCACUAGUCGAGCAGAAGCUGCAGGUUUCUGUGGGAAAGCUGUGGAGAAACUGCGGGAUUACGUUCCGGUCCAGGAGCAUCUGAUCAAUCCUGCAUCUGCAACAUCCAACCCUGAGGAGCCUGGGACAUCUACACCACAGCAGCAGCAGCAGGCCCCUGAAGAUGCGCCACAGGAGGCCCCUGUCGUUGCCAUGGGAGCGCUGUCAAUCAAACACCUUUCUCAGUUCUUUCUGGGCGAGUGUGAGCUGCCGCUGCCGAUGGCGUAUCAUCAGAGCAUGCUGCCCUCUGGAGGCCUGGAGGCAUUACUGCGCCUCUGUCUGCUGGAUGCUGGCUUUCCUGCUUUUGUUGAGGAAGUCGAGAAGAAGCUAAAGGAGCUAACGCAAGAAUGAGGUAGAGCAGAGCUAAAAACAUUAUUAAAAACAUUACUAUA